UGCGCGGGCGGAGCGGACGUAAGCUGCUGCUGUUGUUGUUACCGGCGUGUUUGUGAGUGUGUGUGUGUGUGUGUGUGUGUGUGUGAGGUUACUGCAGGUUUACCUGCUUCAAUUUCACCGGACAGACCAGAGAGUGCGCACUGAGAGCAUGGCUCCUCAGCAACAAAGGGAAACUCACAGGGAAAAAGUUUAAUGGAAUAAAGGAGCUGCAGGAAUACGCUUUCGGUGAGCAGGCUGAACACACACUGAGGAGCGAUGCACUUCGUUAAAUGGGAUUUGUUGUGGACUUUCUGGUGGUGUAAGCUGAUUUCUAUGGCGUGUUGUUACACCGUCCACAUCAGUGAGGAUGUGGGGACGAGGACAGUGGUGGCCGGAUUGGAGCAACGCGCACCAUGCACUUUGGAUCAGGUGCUCGCUCCCAAAUUCACGAAGCCGUUUCUGGAGACCAACUCCGCGGAGGGCAUUGUGUUUGUCUCGGACUCUGUAAAGUGCCCCACGCUGCGCUCCAACCCCUUCACCGUGUUCACCGUGGCUGACUGCAUGGACUCCGGCUUCAGACACCUCCUCACCAGCCAGUACGACGUGCAUGUUCACGGUAGGAACUGUUCAAACAAGCGUAAAAGAAAACCUCAGUGGGACAUGGAGGUUCUCAGUUUGUUAAACACUCACAGCCACCACAACUCAGAGUGCCACCAAGCAGGCUCUGCUUUAUUUUCAGUCGGGGGUCUGCUACCUAGAGCCCCAGUCAGAUGCAAAGUCACCAACAGCCACGACUUCUACUUCUCUGAUGGGAGCUUGUGUGUGUCUGAGACGCUGUGCUGGAGGCAGGACACACUGCUAGAGCUCGACCUGCUCUGUGAUGUACUCACCGGAAGUGGAUUUAGUGCUAAAGUCAAUCCAAUCACCGUCCACUGGCGUAUGGGACAGGGGCCUUUUCGACAGGCCCACCUGGGGAAGCUGUUAGAAAAAGCAGCUCAGUCUGAUUCAGGUAUUGUGAGCAGGAGGAGGAGAAGCGUCAACAGCAGUCCCCAGUUCCAACCUCCGAUGUACCAAGUGUCUGUUGCAGAGAACAAGCCAGCUGGGACACCUGUUGUACUUUUAAAAGCAGUCGAUGUCGAUGAGGGGGAGGCGGGUCGGCUAGAGUAUUUCAUAGAGGCUCUGUUUGACAGCCGCUCCAACAACCUCUUCGCUGUGGACCCGGCCAAUGGUGCCGUGUCCACAGUGGAGGUGCUGGACCGGGAGACAAAAGACACCCAUGUGUUUCGAGUGACCGCGGUUGACCACGGCUCACCACGACGCACAGCUAUGGCCACCCUCACUAUCACAGUUACUGACUCAAACGAUCACGACCCAGUGUUUGAGCAGCAGGACUACAAGGAAAGCAUCCGGGAGAAUUUAGAAAUAGGUUACGAGGUGUUGACAGUGAGGGCGACAGACGGUGACGCCCCCGUUAACGGUAACAUCCUCUACCGUGUUAUUAACAGCAACGGGUCCAACGAUGUGUUUGAGAUCGACUCCAGGUCGGGUGUGAUCCGCACCAAAGGUCUUGUAGACAGAGAGCAAGUGGAAGCCUAUAUGCUGUUAGUUGAGGCGAAUGACCAAGGUCGUGACCCCGGGCCCCGAAGCGCCACGGCGACUGUUUACAUCGUGGUGGAGGAUGACAAUGAUAAUGCCCCCCAGUUUAGUGAGAAACGCUAUGUAGUCCAGGUCCCAGAGGAUAUGGCCCCUAACACAGAGAUCCUGCAGGUCACCGCCACUGAUCAGGACAGAGGGAGUAACUCUAUCGUCCACUUCAGCAUCAUGAGUGGGAACACCAGGGGGCAGUUCUACAUCGAUGCUCAAACAGGUAAGAUGGACCUUGUGAGUCACCUGGAUUACGAGGCGAACAAAGAGUACACGUUAAGAAUCCGAGCUCAGGAUGGAGGACGCCCCCCGUUGUCCAACAUCAGCGGCCUGGUGACCGUGCAGGUGUUGGAUGUUAACGACAACGCCCCCAUUUUUGUCAGCACCCCGUUCCAGGCCACCGUGCUCGAGAACGUGCCGCUGGGCUACUCCAUCAUCCACAUCCAGGCCGUCGAUGCAGACUCCGGCGACAACUCCAGGCUGGAGUACCGCCUCACCGAAACCACGCCCAACUUCCCCUUCAGCAUCAACAACAGCACGGGGUGGAUUGUAGUGGCAGCCGAGCUGGACAGGGAGAGUGUGGAUUUUUACAACUUUGGAGUGGAGGCCCGCGAUCACGGCUACCCGCUCAUGUCUUCCUCGGCCAGCAUUUCCAUGACUAUCCUGGACGUCAACGACAACAACCCGGAGUUCACUCAGAAGGCGUAUUACAUGAGGUUGAACGAGGACGCCGCCGUGGGGACCAGUGUGGUGACGGUGUCCGCUGUAGACCAGGACAUCAACAGCGUGGUGACAUAUCAGAUAUCCAGCGGAAACACCCGCAACCGGUUCUCCAUCACGAGUCAGAGCGGAGGGGGGUUGAUCACACUGGCUCUUCCUUUAGACUACAAACUGGAACGACAAUAUGUCCUCACUGUGACUGCGAGCGACGGCACGCUCUUUGACACAACCAAAGUGUUCGUCAACGUCACAGAUGCCAACACACACCGGCCUGUGUUUCAAAGUUCCCACUACACGGUCAACAUAAACGAGGACAGGCCCAAGGACACCACCGUGGUUGUGAUAAGCGCCACAGAUGAAGACACGGGCGAGAAUGCGCGCAUCACCUACUUCAUGGACGACAGCAUCCCUCAGUUUGAAAUCGACCCAGACACGGGCGCCGUCACCACACAGAUGGAGCUGGAUUACGAGGACCAGGUGUCCUACACGCUGGCCAUCACGGCUCGAGACAACGGCAUCCCGCAGAAGUCCGACACCACCUACCUGGAGAUUCUGGUGAACGACGUCAACGACAACUCCCCUCGUUUCCUGCGCGACCAUUACGUGGGCUCUGUAAUGGAAGACGUGCCUGUUUUCACCAGCGUGGUCCAGGUGUCCGCCAUCGAUAGAGACUCUGGGCUGAACGGCCGUGUCUUCUACACCUUCCAAGGCGGGGAGGACGGGGAUGGAGAUUUCAUAAUCGAAUCCACCUCUGGCAUUGUUCGCACGCUGCGUAGGUUGGACAGAGAGAAUGUGCCCAUUUACAGCCUGCAGGCGUUCGCUGUAGAUAAAGGAGUCCCCGCUCUGAAAACACCGGUGAACAUACAGGUAACGAUCCUGGAUGUGAACGACAACCCACCUGUAUUUGAGAAGGAUGAAUUUGACAUCAUGGUGGAGGAAAACAGCCCCAUUGGUGUUGUGGUUGCACACGUAUCGGCCACAGAUCCGGACGAAGGCAGUAAUGCUCAGAUUAUGUACCAAAUAGUUGAGGGAAACAUCCCCGAGGUGUUCCAGCUGGACAUCUUCUCUGGAGAACUGACUGCACUAAUAGACCUGGACUAUGAGACCAGAUCUGAGUACGUCAUCGUGGUCCAAGCCACCUCUGCCCCUUUGGUCAGCCGUGCCACUAUUCACAUAAAACUUGUCGACAAGAACGACAACAUUCCCGUUCUGAAAAACUUCCAGAUCAUCUUCAACAACUAUGUAACAGACAAGUCAAGCAGCUUCCCCACUGGAGUGAUCGGACGCAUCCCUGCUCAUGACCCCGACAUCACCGACCAGCUCCACUACAGCUUUGAAGUUGGAAAUGAGCUGAACCUUGUCCUUCUGAACCAAAGCACUGGGGAAAUCCAGUUGAGCCCAGCCCUGGAUAACAACCGGCCCCUGGAGGCCUCCAUGAGGAUCUCAGUGUCAGAUGGUGUGCACUUGGUGUCGGCUCAGUGCCUCCUCCAGGUCACCAUCAUCACCGAUGAGAUGCUGUCCAACAGUAUCACACUGAGGCUGGCCAACACCUCCCAGGAGCACUUCCUCUCCCUGCUGCUCGCCCAGUUUCUGGACGGAGUGGCCCGCGUCCUCUCCGCCGCUCCUGAGGAUGUUGUCAUCUUUAACAUCCAAGACGACACUGACGUCAGCGCUCGCAUCCUCAACGUGAGCCUGUCUGUGGCUGUGCCUGUGUUGGGGGAGGCUCAGCAGCGGGUUGGAGUUCUGGACCACAGUGGGGACCAGCCUGGAAAAGGUGUGGAAAGUGGAGGGGGGGAGUUCUUUGGAUCAGAAGAACUCCAGGAGCGGCUGUAUCUGAACCGAAGCCUCCUCGCUAAGAUCUCCUCCCAGGAAGUUCUUCCCUUUGACGACAACAUCUGCCUCCGAGAGCCGUGUGAGAACUACAUGAAGUGUGUGUCCGUGCUGAAGUUCGAUAGCCUGGCACCGUUUGUAUCAUCAGAUACCAUCCUGUUCAGACCCAUCCACCCAAUCGCCGGGCUGCGUUGUCGGUGUCCGGCCGGCUUCACGGGAGACUACUGCGAGACGGAGAUCGACCUCUGCUACUCAAAACCCUGCGGAGCCCACGGUGUGUGUCGCAGCAGAGAGGGAGGCUUCACCUGCGAGUGCUUUGAGGACUACACAGGGGAGCGCUGCGAGCUGUCCUCCCGCUCUGGCCGCUGCGCUCCAGGAGUCUGCAGGAACGGUGGCUCCUGUGUCAACCUGCUGGUCGGAGGAUUUAAAUGCGAGUGUCCACAGGGCGGCUACGAGAAACCUUACUGCGAGAUGACCACGCGCAACUUCCCUCCGCAUUCUUUCCUGACCUUCAAGGGCCUCCGGCAGCGCUUCCACUUCACCCUCUCUCUCACAUUUGCUACAAAGGAGCCAAACGGUUUGUUGCUCUACAACGGGCGCUUCAAUGAGAAACAUGACUUCAUUGCCAUGGAGAUCAUCAAUGAGCAGAUACAGCUCACCUUUUCUGCAGGUGAAACAAAAACUACAGUUUCCCCGUACAUCCUCGGGGGGGUCAGUGAUGGACAGUGGCACGCCGUGGAGGUCCACUACUACAACAAGCCGAUCCUGAACCAGGCCGGCCUGCCGCAGGGCCCCUCCGACCAGAAAGUGGUGGUAGUAACGGUGGAUAACUGCGACACCUCCGUGGCCCUCAGGUUUGGUCACAUGAUCGGAAACUACACCUGCUCUGCUCAGGGCAGCCAAUCAGGAUCAAAGAAAUCAUUGGACCUGACAGGCCCGCUGCUCCUCGGAGGUGUCCCCAAACUCCCAGAGGACUUUCCUGUUCUCAACCAGCAGUUUGUGGGCUGCAUGAAGAACCUGCGGAUCGACAGCCAUCACGUAGACAUGGCCAGCUUUAUCGCUAACAACGGCACUCUACCAGGAUGCUCUGCCAAAAGACAUUUCUGCAACAAUAACCCAUGUAUGAAUGGAGGCACCUGUGUGAACCUAUGGGGCUCCUUCAGCUGUGACUGCCCGCUUGGAUUUGGAGGGAGAACAUGUGAAAGAGUGAUGGCCAGCCCGCAGCGUUUCCUGGGUAACAGCCUGCUGCAGUGGAACAACCUGGCGGCGUCCUCUGUCCCAUGGCACAUAGAGCUCAUGUUCCGCACACGUCAGGCCAGCGCCACGCUGCUGCACAUCUCCUCCGGCAUGCAGCACAACCUCACUCUGCAGCUGCGCGACGGGAGUGUGCUGAUGGGGCUGCACAGAGGAGAAAACUCCACUCUGUCCCGUGUGGAGGAGGUACUGGUGAACGAUGGAGACUGGCAUCACCUGCAGCUGGAUAUCAGCAGUCUGGGGGGAGUGGCAAGUCACCACAAAGCAGUGUUGUCUUUAGAUCAGGGACUCUACCUGGCUAGCAUGGCGGUGGAUGGGAAGCUGCGAGACUCUAAGCUGAAGGCUGUGAGUGUUGGCGGUUUGGCAACGCCUGAUGGCAAAGUGCAACAUGGAUUCCGUGGUUGCAUACAGGGUCUGCGUGUGGGCGGGGCUCUGAGUCUGUCUCACGCAAGGAAGGUGAACGUGGAGCCAGGCUGCAGCGUGCCCGACCCCUGCAGCUCCAACCCCUGUCCGGCCAACAGCUACUGCAGCAACGACUGGGACAGCCACUCCUGCACCUGCCUCGCUGGUUACUAUGGCACCAGCUGCUCUGAUGUUUGCUCUUUAAACCCCUGUGAGCAUGAGGCAAAGUGCACCAGGAAGCUGAGCUCGUCCCGAGGUUACACCUGUGACUGUCCAAGCAGCUACUUCGGCCAUUACUGCGAGAAAAAGACCGACCUGCCAUGUCCCAGAGGCUGGUGGGGUCACAAGACCUGCGGCCCCUGUAACUGUCAGACACACAAGGGCUUUGACUCGGACUGCAACAAGACGAGUGGAGAGUGUCGCUGCAAGGACAACCACUACCGUCCUGAAGGCAGCGACACCUGCCUGCUGUGCGACUGCUACCCGGUCGGAUCUUUCUCCAGAGCGUGUGACAGAGAGAGUGGACAGUGUCAGUGCAAACCUGGCGUCAUCGGACGCCAGUGUGACCGCUGUGACAACCCAUUCGCUGAGGUUUCUCCUAACGGCUGUGAAGUUAUCUAUGACAGCUGCCCUCAGGCCAUCGAGGCCGGGAUCUGGUGGCCCAGGACUAAGUUUGGUCUUCCUGCAGCAGUCCCAUGUCCCAAGGGAACACUCGGCACAGCGAUACGACACUGUGAUGAGCACAAGGGCUGGCUUCCCCCCAAUCUCUUCAACUGUACCUCUGUCACCUUCAGCAAGCUUAAAGCACUGUCAGAAAAGUUUUCCCGCAACGUGACGCUCCUGGACUCCGGACACGUUCAGCAGACGGCGGCCAUGUUGGCCAAUGCCACUUUGCACACAGAGAGUUACUUUGGCAGCGAUGUGAAAGUAGCGUAUCGGCUCAUGCAGAGUCUGCUGCAGCACGAGAGCAACCAGCAGGGUUUCAACCUCACAGCUACACAGGACGUCCACUUCACUGAGAAUCUGGUGCGCGUGGGCAGCUCCAUCCUGUCUCCAGACACGCGGCCGCACUGGGAGCUGAUCCAGCACUCGGAGGGCGGCACGGCGGCGCUGCUCCGCCACUACGAGGACUACGCCAACACACUGGCACAGAACAUGAGAAAGACUUAUCUGAGCCCCUUCACCAUCGUCACACCACACAUAGUCAUCUCCGUGGAUCGUCUGAAAAAGAUGAAUUUUGCUGGAGCCAAACUCCCGCGGUACCAGUCUCUGAGGGGUCCUCGUCCCGCAGACCUGGAGACGGCCGUCACGCUGCCAGAUUCUGUCUUCCAGCCACCUGUGGACACAAAGGGCCACAGGCACCUGGACGUCUUCCCAGAGUCGUCGCAGAGGAACCGCUCGGCAAACAGGAAGAGACGCCACCCUGAGGACAACCAGCAGGACGCCAUUGCCAGCGUGAUCAUCUUCCAUAGCCUGGCCUCGCUGCUGCCAGAGAGCUACGACCCCGACAAGAGGAGUCUGAGGGUGCCAAAGCGUCCUGUCAUCAACACGCCAGUGGUCAGCAUCACAGUCCACGACAACGACGAGCUGCUGCAGCACACUCUGGACAAACCCAUCACUGUGCAGUUCCGCCUGGUGUCCACCGAGGAGCGCUCCAAACCCAUCUGUGUUUUCUGGAACCACACCAUACUUGGCGGGAGCGGUGGCUGGUCUGCAAAGGGCUGCGAGGUGGUUUUCAGAAACAGCACCCACAUCAGCUGUCAGUGCUAUCACAUGACCAGCUUCGCCGUGCUCAUGGACGUCUCCAGGAGAGAGAACGGAGAAAUUCUGCCGAUCAAAAUCCUGACGUGGAGCACGGUGGGGGUGACCCUGGGCUUCCUCUUCCUCACCAGCAUCUUCCUCCUCUGUCUGAGAGCCAUGCAGAGCAACAAGACGAGUAUAAUAAACAACGGAGCCACCGCUCUCUUCCUCUCAGAGCUUAUCUUCAUCCUGGGCAUCAACCAGGCCGACAACCCGUUUUUGUGCACUGUCAUCGCCAUCCUGCUGCACUUCUUCUACCUCUGCACUUUCUCCUGGCUCUUCCUCGAGGGGCUCCACAUCUACCGCAUGAUCAGCGAAGUGCGAGACAUCAACUAUGGACCAAUGAGAUUCUACUACCUGAUUGGCUGGGGAGUUCCUGCCUUUAUUACAGGCCUGGCAGUAGGUCUCGACCCUGAAGGUUACGGAAACCCAGACUUCUGCUGGCUGUCCAUGUACGACACCCUCAUCUGGAGCUUUGCUGGACCCAUCGCCAUGGUGGCCUCUAUGAACAUCUUCCUCUACAUCCUGUCGUCCAGAGCGUCCUGCUCCCUCAGACACCACAGCAUGGAGAAGAAACAGCCUCGAGUCUCGGGCCUGAAGACUGCAGGCGGCGUGCUCUUCCUGGUUUCAGUGACUUGUUUUCUGGCGCUCCUCUCCGUCAAUAGCGACAUGAUCAUCUUCCACUACCUGUUCGCUGGGUUCAACUGUGUGCAGGGUCCCUUUGUUUUCUUCUUCCGCAUCGUCUUCAAUAAGGAAGCCAGGAAUGCCAUGAAAUACUGCUGCAGCCGCAAGCGCCCCGAUCAUAUGAUCAAGUCAAAAGCUUCUGGAUACAAAUGCAACUCAAACUACAUGGAUGGCAAGUUGUACCACCUUCCCUUUGGGGACUCCAGUGUGUCUCUGAACGGGACGGUGCAGAGCGGCAAGAGCCAGCAGAGCUAUGUGCCGUUUGUCCUCAGGGACGACGGUUUAGGUAACAGUCAGGCUCACAUCGCUCUGAAUGACCACGCAUCACUCUUCCAUGAAACUAAAGAACACCUGGACGAUCGUGACAGCGACUCAGACAGUGACUUGUCUCUAGAGGACGAUCAGAGCGGUUCCUACGCCUCCACCCACUCCUCUGACAGCGAAGAUGAGGAGGGUCCAGUCCCGCCUGAUGAAUGCUGGGAAAACCUGGCGUCCAAUGGUGUCAAGAGAACACAACCACACGACAACACACUGAAUAAGAGUUACUGGCCUGUAGAUUACACCGCAGCAGGGAGCGACAGCGAGCUAGCAGCUGCAGACAGACUGAAAUCAGAGACUUUGGCCUAUCAGGAUCAGAGUCUCAGCCGCGAUGGGCGAACGUUACCAGACGGGCGGACACAGGACAGCAUGACGGUGCUGCUGCCCAGUCUGCCAAACCUCCACGCCCACCCUCACAGAGGUAAAGGGAUCCUAAAGAAGAAGCAGCUGUCUCCUAUUGUAGAAAGGAACGGUCUGAACCGCAUCCACAAUGAACUCUGUGAAAAUGCUCCCGAUACGGGGUCUCCACAGGGGUCCUGCUCGAGUGACAGACGAGCCGGUCCCACUAAACCCGUCUUCCCCGAUCAGCUGAACGGUGUCGCCAUGAGCAUCAAGGCGGGGACUGUGGACGGCGACUCAUCGGGAUCAGACAGCCACUGCAACACCACCAUGUGACUGCGCUGACAGAGGGGUGUGUCUUUGCAGGUCAUAGAGCCUCAUUCCUCCACAUCUGACAACAACAACUGAAAAAAAGGGAGCAGUGGACUUCCCCCAUGAAGACAAAUGUGGAAAAAAGAAGGAAUUCCCUCCAGACAUUGUACGUGUGUGUGUUUGUGUGUGUGUUUGAGUUCAUACAUGUGUGCCAAACCUCAGGAGUCACAGCACUGGUCCAGGCUCACUCACACUGACACAACAAAUGUCACUCUCCCUUUAAACAAAUCAUUUUGUUUACAUACUUGAAGCAAUGCACUUUUUUUUUAAUUCACUGCUCAAUUUAUUAUUUUGUUUACCUUUUUUUUUGUAAGUGUUCAAGAACAUAAAUGUUGUUUUUAUAAAGACUGGAGCAUUAACGUGAUCAUGUUUUUGUUUUUGAUUUUGGGAGGGUCAUUUAGUUUUAGACUCGCAAACAUUCAGGGAAAUUCCACUUUCAAAACGCUACUUGUUUGUGAUAUCUCUUCCUGGUUCGCCUGUUUCUGUUGGAGCUGUUUUUAUGUUUCAGUCUGAAGACUUUCUUUAAACGCCUCAAAUGUCCACGAGGCACAAAGAGGUGGAGUGCAGCUCGUUCACAGACACUGAUCCUGAAAACAAGGACUAAAGAGCGGCUGUAUCUGCUGGUUAAUGGAAGCUCCGUGUAAGCUAUGUCCCCCCCCCAAUGAAGGACGACAGACUGCACUGCUCAGCCUAUCAGGAGGGAGAACCUGCGUGUGCAGACCCACAAAGGACUCAAAGGACAUUUGAUACAUCUUUCGUAAAUCACUGAGGGCCCAAUUUUUUUGUAUGGAUAUUUAAAGUGCUCUCAUUUUUCAUCGAUGUGUUCGGAUGAAUGCAUUCAUACGAGUUCGGUGACUAAACAGCUGUAUUUUAUAGAUUAGAUACGCAGCCUUUUGUCAUUUUGUAAAAUAAAGAAAUACAUGCAGAGUCGUGCUGUAAUACUGUUUGAGCUGUACAGAGUAGCCUGUAAAUGAAUCAAGGACAUAUCUUUAAAUGUAAGUAAAGAUGUAAACUGCUUUUAUGAAUUUUAUCAGAGUUACUUCUUUUCAAAGUCAUGUGAUAUUUGUGGAUGCCAUAUCAUUAACCAUGUGACUUUAUUGUAAAUAAUUGUCAUUACAUAUGAACCAACAUGACCAGAUCAAUCAUAUCCAGUCUGGUGUCCCAACAGAGAAUAGUCUCUUUGACUCUGCAGCUCCUGUUUUUACUGAUUAAACUGUUUUCUACCA